AUGUCGCGUGUCGCCAGGGAGUCAACAACAUCAACAUCUAUAACGCCAGACAGCGAUUCAACUCUUCUUGACUCGACCGGACACACUCUCACACCGGCAACAAGCGUCUCAGAGACCUCAAGCAAUGUCGACGUUCCGGUUACAGAGCCCGUUUCUCAGACCAAGCCGCCGCAAACGCGUCGCGUAACUCGAGCAGCAUCUACCAGGGGCGGAAUAGACAACGACACCGAGCAUAACGGGAAUAAACAUGGAGAUGCGUUGAGAGGGGAUAUAUCCGCGUCUGUUUCUGAGGGGAGAACUGUUGUUAAGCGUGAACCGGCCCGAAGACCUGAACGACGUUCACUCAGGGGGCGCCGUGGUUUACCGGCGGGAGCAUUGGAGCCCUGCGAAGAAGAGACUACGGCAGAGAUACAGCUGGAAAAUACCGAGAGUAACACUGGAGAUGAACCUAUAAAGGAAGAAACUGGAUCGAGGCCACAAUCGUCAACAAAGGUUGACCCGGCGCAACCCAGGAGACGGUCUGGUCGACUGACACUUCUGGAGAAAACCAAGACGGUUUUGAACCAGGUUUCUUCCAUUCUGGGCAAAAGACAACGAGAUGACAAGGAGUACUCGAAGUCCAAGUCCAAGGUCGAGGACAGAAGAUCCAGUCUACGUUCGCGGGCAGUGGUGCGCAAGGAAACCCAAGAGGAGUCUGCUACAAAGAAGAGACGCGUGUCUGAGGAUGUCUCUACUCCGAAGAAAGAAAAGAAAGUAGACCAACCACCUUUAUCUGCGCCUGUCCAGACGGUGCCAAAGAGGAAGAAAUGGCUUACGCAUGGUCUCUACGCUGGACCCAAUGCAUUUGCUAAACUCGAACUACCAGGGCCCCAAAGCAAGCGAAAGGGGACCAGACAGGCCCCUCGUGAGCGUGUCUUAUUUCCUAUGCCCAAGUACUCUGGAGCCUUAUUACUGGAAAAGGGCAGACCAUUUCGAUUGCCCUAUGAUAUAUUCUCCCCCUUACCUCGCGGCCAGCCUAAGCCAGAUGAAUGGCGCAAGAUAAACAAAAAUAUAUUUAUUGGAGACGCCGCCGGUAUCUGGAAAGCUACCAUGCCAACCGAACAAUCCACUUGUCUCUGUACCCCUGAAAUGGGGUGCGAAGAGAACUGUCAGAACCGCCACAUGUUCUAUGAGUGUGAUGAGAAUAACUGCAAAUUAGGAGAAGACCUCUGCAGGAACCGCAACUUCUCCGAGCUGCGCAAACGGAUCAAAACCGGAGGUAAAUAUAACAUUGGAGUUGAAGUAAUAAAGACAGAAAGCCGCGGAUAUGGUGUCCGAAGCAAUAGAACUUUUGAACCCAAUCAGAUUAUUGUUGAGUAUACUGGAGAGAUACUCACUCAGAUUGAGGCCCAGCGCCGAAUGAAAACGAUAUAUAAGAAAAAUGAGUGCUUUUAUUUGAUGGACUUUGACCAAGAUAUGAUCAUUGAUGCCACACGGGGAUCAAUUGCCCGUUUUGUUAACCACUCGUGUGAACCCAAUUGCAAGAUGGAGAAAUGGAUUGUUGCUGGGAAGCCCAGGAUUGCCCUUUUUGCCGGGGAUAAUGGUAUCAUGACCGGCGAAGAGUUGACUUAUGACUACAACUUUGACCCCUACUCCAAUAAAAAUGUCCAAGAAUGCCGCUGCGGCACUCCAUCUUGCCGUGGUGUUCUGGGACCAAGACCAAAAGGGAAAGACUCCAAAGAGAAAUCUACCGUCAAACCGGCGAGUACUAGAACCAAGCGCAAGUCACAGGGAGUCACCAACUCGCAAGCUUCUAAGAAACAGAAAACCACCAAGCAGUCCUCUGUCAAGUCUGGUCUGAAGCGAGUGGCUUCUAAAGCCUCCCAAGGCAUAAAGUCCCAGGCAAAAUCGAUAAGGGUACCCAAGAAGAGAGUGGGCGUUCAAUUCAAUAAGUCUGCAAAGGCUAGGACUACGGCUGCUGCGGAUGUCUCAUUCAAAUCUGUUUCCCGUUCUUCAAGGACCAGCAGACAAGCCGCAUCAAGCACCAAGCUUCGGAUGCCAUCUAGGUCGCGGGUUAGGCUCGCAAAGACGGCUGUUCAAACUGUCUUAAAUGGUAGAGGUGGACGUAGAACAUCUGCAAGGUCCCGAUAA